GUGUAGUGAACAGAAAUGGAGGAGAGUAAUAUGGAAAUGUUAUUACAGCAGCAAACAGAUAGAUACUACACGAACAACACAAGCUUGGUUAUAAAAAAGAAAAGAAACAAGAGACAAACGUAUCUGUCUCCAAAGACCCCACGUAGUAUAUUUUCUUCUUUCCAGGGUUCAUUGCCUCCUCCUUUCUCAACUCCUUUUUUCUUCUCUACCCAAUCUCUCUUCAUAUAUGUUCAUGUUCUUCACUUGAUAUCAGGGAUGUCCAGUUUUUACAAUCAGAACUUGAAUUUCUCGCCUGCAAGAACUGCUUCACCUCAUAUUACAGCUAAUCCAGAUGCUGACAGUACUCAGCAGUACCUGUCAGAGCUAUUGCAAGAGCGUCAAAAGCUGGUGCCUUUUAUGCAAGUCCUUCCGAUAUGCACCCAACUUUUGAAUCAAGAAAUUUUGAAGCUUUCCAGAUUGAUCCCCAACCAAAGUUUUAGUGACUAUGACCUAAUGCAGCGUGGAAGCCCAAAUCCAUCAAAUUCAUUGGAGUUACUUCCUUACAUUGGAGGAAAAGGAUUGAACAUUUGGAAUGGAAAUAGUUGGAAAGGACUUCAACGUGAGAGAGUAGGUGGACCGCUGGGAUUGACAAAUGACUGGCAGGCAGCUCCAGGAAGCCCAAGUUCCUUUAUCGUGAAGAGGAUUUUGCGCUUGGAUAUACCAGUUGGUAAUUAUCCAAAUUUCAAUUUUGUUGGGAGGCUACUGGGUCCCCGAGGAAAUUCCUUAAAGCGGGUGGAAGCUUCAACAGGAUGUCGUGUUUUUAUCAGGGGAAAGGGUUCAAUUAAAGAUCCUGAUAAGGAGGAGAGUCUGAGGGGCAGGCCAGGCUAUGAACACCUCAAUGAACAACUACACAUCUUGAUUGAGGCAGAGCUACCUGUCAAUAUCGUCGAUGUAAGGUUAAGACAGGCACAGGAUAUCAUAGAAGAGCUGCUUAAACCUGUGGAUGAGUCUCAUGAUCUGUAUAAAAGGCAACAACUGAGAGAACUUGCUAUGCUAAAUUCUAAUUUCCGCGAGGAAAGCCCUCAGCCGAGGGCCAGCGUCUCUCCAUUCAAUUCAAGCGGAAUGAAGCGUGCCAAAACUGGCUGGUAAAAGUGUCAUAGCUACUGGCCUGAGGUUGAUGACAUUGCAGAGGUGUCAAUAUAGUACCCCCAUAAUCUACAGAGAUGCAUAGACUGUGCAACAUUUGCUGGUUGAUAACAGUUCUAUGGAGCCAGCUAAGAAGUUAAAUUGGAUGAAUGUUGAGCUUGGAUGCAAGAGUGCCCAGUGACAGAUGAAUGGGAGAGAGAUGGGAUCACCAGUUAUAACUGCUUUCUGAUUUGUGACUGUAGGUGCUUGCUGCUUCUGAAGUAGAUCAUUAUUAUUGGAUUUAUUUGUUCUAUCACCUUAUAUUAUUGACUUAGUGUUGUGAAAGUUCUGCAAUAAUGCACACGCAAAAAACUCUAAACGUAUUUUGCUGCUUGUUCUUCAUGUUUUGUUUAUUGAAAUAUUAUGCGCGAGAAAUUAUGAAUUACACCUUUUGUAUGA